AGAAUAUACAUUUGGGUGAAACAUUUGUUCUUAUUAAUAAAUUAUUACAUUAUUAUUGUCACAACUAUUAUUAAAAUCACAAUUAAUUUACGCUUAUAAUUUAAAUCCAACUUCGAACAGCAACCUGUUUCAGUGUUUGGUGCUCUGAUCUCGAAAGUGGGAUUUACAGUCUGUCAAAGGACAUUGGUGUCAAGACUUCGUUUUUUCAGAUCAUGUACCAUGCGGCUGUUAUCUGAAUUCAGCAGUGUUAGUGUGCCAGCCUGACGUCUGACCUCUACCUACAUUCCUUGGUUACUGCUUCACACUGAAACACACACACACACACACGUUGAUGUGACAAUGGCUGAAUCGACAUUCAGUGACUCGUUUGAAGGAUCCAGUUUAAUGGACGGUUCUGGAGAUCUGAAGCUGGAGAACAGUCCGAGUGGGAACCAGUCGUUCACGUUCACGAGAACAAGCAGUUGUGCCUCAUCAGCUUCAUCCGCUCACAACACUGAUGACGAGGACAGUGACAGCAGUAAGCCCCUCACGUACAAGGAUCGCCGUCGCGAGGCUCACACCGUCGCCGAACAGAAACGCAGAGACGCUAUCAAGAAAGGCUAUGAUGAGCUGCAGAACAUCGUGCCGACGUGUCAACAGACGGACACUGUGACCGGACAGAAGAUGAGCAAAGCCAUGGUGCUACAGAAAUCGAUUGACUACAUACAAUGGCUGAUAGAGCAGAAGAAGAAACAAGAAGAUGAUCUCGACUCGUUACGCAAGGAAGUGAUGGCACUGAAAAUCAUGAAGGCGAAUUACGAGCACAUUGUGAAAACGCACCAGAACACACCAAUUCACGGGCAGAAUCAGGUUUCUGAUGAAGUGAAGUUUCAAGUGUUCCAGCAGGUGAUGGACCAGCUGUUCCAGUCAUUUAAUCAGUCCAUCUCCGUGGCCAACUUCGCCGAGCUGUCCGCCUGUAUCUUCACCUGGCUCGAAGAGUAUUGUAAACCACAGUCUCUGCGAGAAGUGGUCUUGUCGAUCCUGCGUCAGCUCAACACACAGCUGAACCCGUGAGAGACAGCGGAGAGAAAGACUAUCACUGGAACAGACAUGGCUGUACUCAAGAGAGAUCACUCUUUUUAAUAAGGGAAAUAACUCUUUACUCUAUUUAGUGGGUAAGAGUGCUUCUACAGGUAGCAGGGAAAUGAAUUGUAAUACACCCAAGGAUUUAUCCAGGAAUAUUUUCACCACGGUCUGAUGUGAUUGGGAAUAAUAGCGCGAGUAAAUCAUACUUGGUAUAUAUCUUUUUUCAGGCCACUGAAUGUUGCAGUACACCACUGUUAAAUUAAUUCAUUACAACAGGCAUAUAUAUUAAAUAUAUAUAGA